AUGACUGUUUUGAUCCCACAAGAGACCUCCACAGACUUUGCAUCAGAGACAGGCGCGGCACCGCAGGCAAGCCCGGGCGCGAGAUGUCUCCCCCGGCACCGGCUUCAGACGGCACUUGCUGACACCCACUGUCCACUGUUACACGACCUGCAUCCUUCCCAAUUUGACAACGGUACAUCUUGUCCACCCCGACUAAAGGCUCGGUCGGUUAUUUCCUCCUCCUUCGCCUCCGAAUCGUGCUCUGUUUACGACUCGCAAAUUCCCUUCCACACUCUGUUCGUCUUUGCCGGGAGAAAUUCUAACCGCCAAAAUCACAUCAUUCAUGACUGUCCCAUUCCACCUGCUCGGGACCGAGGGGGGGCACACCCCGUUCACAUCCCACUCCGCUCCGUCAUCGCCAUCACGGCAAUAGCUGUUGUACUAGACACCCCGAUCCUCCUCUCCGAGACCAAGCCGCUUCAACGUUUUUUUGCACCAUCGCCCUACCGUCCAGUCCUAACCCAAAGCUGUUAA